AUGAUGGAGUGGGAGAAGCAACAACAGCAGACACAGCAGCAGAUUGAGCAGAUUCAAGAGGAAGUCAAUGGCGGUGCCAACAGUAACAACAACAACAAUGGAGGAGGAGGAGGAGGAGGAGGAGGGAUGUUUGUGAAGGUGAUGACAGACGAGCAAUUGGAAGUCCUCCGCAAGCAAAUCGCCGCUUACGCCACCAUUUGCGAACAGCUCGUCGAUUUGCACAAAUCCCUCACUUCUCAACACGAUCUUGCAGGAGUCAGGCUGGGAAAUUUGUAUUGUGACUCAUUAAUGACAUCUGCCGGCCACAAAAUUACGGGCCGACAACGGUGGACUCCAACACCCCUGCAACUUCAGACUCUUGAGCGAAUUUUUGAUCAAGGGAAUGGAACUCCAAGCAAGCAGAAGAUCAAAGACAUAACCUCCGAAUUGUCCCAACAUGGCCAAAUUUCAGAGACAAAUGUUUAUAAUUGGUUCCAAAAUCGGCGUGCUCGAUCCAAGAGGAAGCAACAGGUUACAACAACAAACAAUGCUGAAUCUGAAGUAGAGACAGAAGUUGAAUCACCCACUGAUAAGAAAACAAAGCCAGAGGAUUUCCAAUCCCAGCACAACCUGGCUUCAAGGGCUGAUGAUCUUUGCUUCCAAAAUCCCGAGAUAAGCUCUGGGAUGCAUUCCAUAGAUCCACGGUCAAGUAAAGCAGAGCCCAUGUUUCCAUCAGAUGGUAGUUCAAAGUCUGCUGGGAGUUUGGGUGAAAUGUCCUUCUAUGGAAGUAUGUUGUCAAAUCCAAGAAUGGACCAUCUGGUUGGAAAGAUGGAGAGUUAUAAUCCUUAUUUGCAGACAGAAGACUACAACAUGACAGAUUGA